AUGGCAUUAGCCUUCAUACCAAAUCUCAAUGCUCUAUCCACAAUGUUGUUAAUGGUUCUAGCCGUGACUACAUCUUUGGUCCUAGCCAGUCAUGAGGUCAAAGAAACCCAACUUUCCUUCUACUUUCAAGACAUCUUCGCCGGUCCGAAUGCCACAGACAUACCAUUUGCAGGUAUUUCCGGCAAGGCUUGGACCUUCACUCAAUUUGCCACACUUUAUGCCAUUGAUGACCCUGUAACGGAAGGCUCACACCCAAACUCAGCAUCCGUUGGCCGGGUACAAGGCACGUCCAUGACAUCAGCAUUGGAUGGACUUAAUGCUCAUGUCUUGUUUUCCAUUGUGUUCACAAACAAGAAGUACAAUGGUAGCACUCUACAGAUACAAGGGAUUGAUAAGCAAUUCGAGCCAGUUAGAGAAUUAUCAGUGGUUUCAGGUACUGGAAAAUUUCGAUUUGUUAGAGGAUAUAUUACUUUCGAAACGAUUUCCGUGGACAUUCCAAACUCAUACGCAGUUAUACGAUGCAACGUUACGGUGAAACACUACUAG